AUGCGAGAGUAUGAACAAGCUCAGCACAUGCUCAAGCUCGAUGACAGCUCAGUUGGUAGAAGGCCACAUUACUAUCUGCCUCAUCAUGGGGUACUCAAGCCAGACAGCUCCACCACGAAGCUCAGGGUUGUUUUCAACGGUUCAAGUGCCAGCUCCACUGGUCACUCGCUCAACGACAUCAUGCAAGCUGGUCCUAAUCUGAUGCUCAACAUCUUCGACUUGCUCAUUUGGAUACGUCAACUCAAGUAUCUCUUUGCGACUGACAUCACCAAGAUGUACCGGCAAAUCAAGAUACACCCAGAUGAACAGGAUCUUCAACGCAUCGUGUGGGUAAAUGAGCAGCAGGUUGAAUCUCAUUUUCAGCUCACCACAGUCACGUAUGGAACUAAGUCCGCACCGUUCCUAGCUGUAAGAACGCUGCUUCAGCUCGCUGAAGAUGAAGGCUCUCAGCAUCCUCUUGCUGUGAAACCGAUCACUCACGGGCGUUAUGUUGACGACGUCUUCGGAGGAUCCGAUACAGUGGAACAGCUCGUGAAGACUGCUCAACAUCUCAUACGGCUCUGCCAUGCGGGCGGAUUCCCGUUGGCCAAGUGGCACUCUACUUCUCAGCAACUGUUGAGAGAGGUCUCGUCUGAACUUGGCGAGACCUCAGGCAUCUCAUUCGAUGACUGUGAUACCAAAAUUCUUGGUAUUCGAUGGUUACCUCAACAGGAUAUGUUCGACUUCUCAACAAUCUCGUCUUCUCCCUCCAAACGAUUCUCAAAACGUCUCGUCCUCUCAGAAGUAGCACAAAUAUUUGAUCCAUUAGGCUUCGCAUCUCCAGUCAUAAUUAAAGCUAAGAUCUUUCUUCAGGCUCUCUGGUUGCAUAAUCUCGACUGGGACGAACCUCUCAGAACAGCUCAUUUCACAAUGGCUCAGCAUCAGACAAGAUCUCAUCAGUCUGGCCAGACUCUCCAUCCCACGUUGGUUCAACACGCUCUCUGA